AUGGUGCUUCCAGAGACUACUUCAGAUGUGUCGAAGAUCGCAAAGAUUCUUCACAGAAACCAAUGCCCCUUCGGAAUCCGCAGCGGUGCUCACUCAGCGUUCAAAGGAUCCAAUGGCGUCAAAGAUGGUGUCACUGUUGACUUUGGUUACAUUAAUGCUACCACAUACGAUGAAGACACAAAGAUAGCAUCCAUAGGGCCUGGUUCAAACUGGGGUAGGGUCUACACCGCUCUCGACCCUUACGGUGUCGCUGCCGUUGGCGGCAGAGCGUCCGUCGUCGGUGUUGGCGGGUUCACAACUGGUGGCGGCUAUUCUUUCCACACUAACUCUGUUGGGUUUGCUUGUGAUAUGGUAGCUAACUUUGAGGUUGUUCUUCCGGAUGGUUCCGUUGUGGAUGCAAAUGAAAACGAGAAUGCGGACCUCUGGAAGGCACUUAAGGGAGGCUCCGGAAACUUUGGUUUCGUUACCAGAAUCGAUCAGCGCACGGUUGAAGGAACCCAAAUGUGGGGUGGCUUCGUAAGCUACAACCAGAGCGAACGAGAUGCGCUUUUCAACGCCUACCUUAACUUUGCCGACAACAUGGACAGGGACCCUUACAGUCAGACCAUUGUGGCAUUGUAUUAUGACAAGACGGGAUUCAGUCUAAGGUCCAUCUUGACCAAUGUUCAAGCUAAGCCCAAUGCUACCGCUUUCAACGAGUUUUACCCUAUUCCUAGUAUCUCCAAUACCCUUCGAGUUGGAUCAGUUGCGGAGCUUGUCCCAGAAUUUACCGGACCUACUCCUUUGGGGCUCUACGCCAAUUGGAUGGUCGGCCAGACAGCCAAUGAUUUCCGCAUCAUGGAUUUCAUUGACAAGAAGCAUAAGGAAUACUCUCUUAAGAUGGCCGCCGCUGCCCCUGGCUCUGACUUCAACGUUCUUCUUCAGUUCCAACCUGUCACCCAGUCCAUCGUCAGCCACAGCCGAGACAACGGCGGUAAUUCGCUUGGACUGGAAGAUGUUGUUGCCGACGGACCUACCAUUAUGUGGCUCAUUGCCUUGACCGUCGACACCCCCGAGAACCAGGAGAUCAUUCUUCCUUUAGCCCUCGAAUAUCGCAACGCUAUUGACGAGUAUGCAAAGUCGCUUGGGCUCUACAAAGACUGGAAGUAUCUCAACUAUGCCUGGGGAGAUCAGGACCCGAUCUCGACUCACGGCGAGGAGACCAUUAAGUUCCUUAAGUCCGUUGCUAGGGAGUAUGACCCCACCAGCGUUUUUCAAAAACUACGCAAGACCGGCUUCAAGCUUCCCGUUUAA